GCAGCUAUUCAUUGUCACAAUCCCUUCGUUUCUGCAUUAAUCUUUGCUUGCAAAACUUCCUCUUUCCCUUCCCUUCCCCUCCCCCCCCAUAUUUUUCUGCAUUUUCGUUGAAGCAUUGCUUUGUCACCUUCUCCUUUAUUAUCUGAUGAUCUCUACUCUCUCUCUCUCUCUCUCUCUCUCUCUCUCUCUCUCUAUCUAUCUCGCUGGCUGGCUGGCAUCCGCAUCUGCCCCCCUUCCCUACCUCUCUACUCUCUCUAUUCUCAUCUGUUCCAUCUCAACGUACUCAAGCUUUUCUUUUUAUAUGAUAAUAAUAAUAAUAAUAUAUAUACUCAUCAGUUACUUGUGAAGUUGAUCUGAUCUUGAUCAUUUCCAUCCAUCUUCAUCGAUCUUCUCGAUCAGUUCCAUCGUUGAAUAAAUAUAUAUAAAUAUAUAUAGAGAGAGAGAGAUGGAGAAGAACAGAGUGUGCAAGAUCUGCAGUAGAUGCUUCUCCAGUGGCAAGGCCAUGGGUGGCCACAUGAGAUCUCACUUUGCCAAACUCCCCCUUCCCGGCCCCAACCCCAACGACAAACUCAAUUCCUUCGCCGCCAGCUCAACUACUCAACCACUCAAAUCUCAUCAUCAUCAUCAUGACACAACAAUACCCCUUCUUCAUUCUCAGGGGAAUGAUCACGCCAGAGAUUCCAGCGGCCGAUCUGCGAAUGGCAGCCGCAGACCCUCCCCCUCCACUCACCGCGGUCGACGAAGAAGCCUCUGCAGUACUACCAGUGCUGUAGAGCCAGUCAAGCUGGAUACGCCGGAGCUGUCUGCGGAGGAUGUCGCUCUGUGCCUCAUGAUGCUCUCAUGUGACCGGUGGAAAGCCAAGAACGCCAAAGCAGCAGAAGAAGACGAUGGAGACGAACAAGAAGAAGAAGAAGAAACAUAUGAAGACUGUUCUUCUGAAUAUGAGCACGACGAGUCCUUCUGCGCAACUGAGGCCCGUGGUACUGAGGGCGAGUACAGAUGUGAUACAUGCAACAAAUGCUUCAGAUCGUAUCAGGCGCUGGGCGGGCACAGAGCCAGUCACACUAACAACAACUACGCGGCCAUAGGCACUAAUCGCAGGAUCUUCGAGUGCCCGUAUUGCUACAGAGUGUUUGACUCGGGGCAAGCACUGGGCGGCCACAAGAAAGUCCAUAAUUUGCACACUGCCUAUGCUGCUGCUAACAGCAAUUUGGUAUCAUCAGUAGCCACCAACAAGAGCCGGAUCAAUCUAAAUCUACCGGUGCAGCACGAGAAGCUGGAAGAUGAAGAAUUGCUGAGAGAGUUCGAGUUCGAGUUCUCCUCGGCGCUUAAGGAUGACAAAGAAGAGAUGCUUCGUCCGAUCAAGCGGAGAACUUUCCGGCUACAGUAGUGAUUGAUGAAGAAUAAAUUUGACCGAUUGAUCAUUGAUCAGUUAUGAGUUUAUCUUGCAAAUUAAUUUGUAAAUAUAUCUUGAUGGUGA